AUGACUUAUUUUCUCCUUUCACUUUUAACACACACACACAAGAUUCUUAUCUGCAUUGUGUGGCGUAAUUAUUUUUUAAAAGUUUUGCAUUAUACAAGUGGUAGUGUGGAAAAGCUCCUUACCCACCUCUCUAGUCCCUGCACAUUGCAUAGUCACACUUUCUCUUUCUUUUCUUUAUUUAUUCAAUUUUGGGACACUACAAAUUGGCAUCCUCUCCCUCUCACUAUCCUUCAUUCUCAUUUCCAAAAACCUCUCUACUUCUUUGUUUCGCAUCUCACAAAUAACCUCUCCUUUUCUAUCUCUAUCUCUCAACAGAUUUCAUCUACUCCUAAUAAGAAAAUGGGAACUGUUGUGUAUCAACAAGGGUUUCAGUCAUCUCAGCUUAAUGAGCCUUGGGCUUUAAGGCUUAGGCUAUCUUCACCAACUCCUCACUUCUCUCAACCCUUAGCCCUCAAGUCUCAUUUGCUUGACUCCUCUAAUGCAAAAGACACCCAAAACAGCAACGAUGACAUACCAGCUGCUUCCUCGGGUCCUGAAUCGAGUAGCUGGAGCUUUCUCCAGUCUCUAUCCUCUGGGUCAUCCUCCUCCUCCUCUCUCUCAAAGACGACUAGCUCUGAGAAAGAGAAGACUUAUGUUCAACGUCCUUCUUCUUCUAGAACUCUAAGCGACGAGAGCUUAGCAUUGUGUACUGAAAAUCUUGGAAGCGAAACUGGCUCUGAUGUUACUGACGUCGAAGAUCUGUUCUUGCUUUCUUUAUCUGACUUGCAGACCAAGAAACUCGACGUAACAACAACGGAGACAAGAACGUUGAAAAUUAAGAAAGGGUGCCCUAGUGAUCUCCCACCUCCGUUGACCAGUAUGAGAGGGUCUCAAUGCAUUCAAAUGAGACCACACCGUGAAGAUGGAAGAUUGGUCAUGACUGCCACAAAGGCACCGCCUCUUAACAGGUGCUUCCAAGCUGACCGAAGCAACGGUCGUCUCCGACUCUCUAUCUUGAAAGACUCAGAUGAGAAUGUAGAAAACGAAGAAGUUAAGAUUGAGACGGAAGAAAACGAAGAACACGAGGAUGAGGGCGAAGAAGACAAUGAAGUGAUGUACAAGGAUAAUGUUCAAAUAUCAAGAAGAUGUAUUGAAGGCGAUCGGGAAAACAGGAGAUUGCUAAAUUGGGAAUCCUUCAGCAUUGCUACUUCCCAAAAAUAAGAUCCUCCUAUAUAUUUUGCUCUGUUUUUUACAAUCAUUUGUUGUAAUCCUUUUUAAUUUUCAAUAGAAAUACGCCGUUUCCUAACUCGGGAAAAAAGUAGAUUAUAAAA